CAGUGACGUAGGUGGGCGAGCACCCUGUUUGUAGAGCUGACUGAGUUCAGAAAGACUCCCCGGGUGACCUUGCUGCUGAGCUCCGACUACACGCAAAACAAGCUCCAGGGCUAAUAUGUCAACCCCAAGUUUAGCAGCGAUGCCCGCAUUGCCCAGAUCGGGAUUCUCUUUUUCGAAAGAGCACUUUGUGGUCGCCGUGCCGGUCGCAGUGGUUGCAGCCGUCGGUGGUUUCCUCGUCAGCCACUACCUGAGCGGGCGGACCUGUAAGAAGGGCCUGGUGAACACCUCCAUCAGUAAAGACAGCCCCAAAGUGGUGCACAGCUUUGACAUGGAGGACAUCGGCACCAAGGCUGUGUACUGCCGCUGCUGGAAGUCAAAGAAGUUCCCUUUCUGCGACGGAGCCCACGCCAAACACAACGAUGAAACCGGGGACAACGUCGGGCCGCUCAUCAUCAAGAAGAAGGACGCCUAAGCCACUGGGGCGGAGGAACCUCCACCCACCUCUUAACGUCGCUCGUGCGCCCGGCCUCUGUUUGUCCAAUUAUUUACAUCAUCCAAAUCCACCGCCCCACCACCACCACAGUGUCAACAAAGACGGUUCAGGUUUAGGGCCGUCGCAAUCGUAUCAAGCUGUGUAGAUCGGCCACAGGCACACGGAGAGAGUUUUGAUUUCUAUUUGAAACCAAAGGUCAUUCGAGGCGAGAUAAGGGAGGGACUUUGACCGUCGGCACAACCUGACACAGACGGGCCUGUUAGCUUUUCAACCAACUCUGUGCCAAGACUGAAAUUAUCACCGGACCCGAAAGAACCAAAAAUAUUUCACCACGCAGUCUGGUGUCACCUAACCGAUCUCCACCCUCCAUCUUGACUCCCAUGGGUGUCGGCCAGGUCGUUGAACCGUGAUUACCGGCUGCUCGUCGCCUCACACGGCCAAUUUUCAAUUUGGAUUCAGCAAAGGCUUGGUAUUUAAAUCUGGAGCCCAGGCCCCAGAGUCCGAACGCACACACGGAGCUGCAUUAAGAGCUGCUGGGUCAGAUGGAGACCUAAUAGUCGGCGACCAUGACGCGCGUUGAAACACUAUCUCUGUUCGUACUCUGUUACUAUCGGCUACCUGAGGGAGCUUGUAUUUAAUCUGUGUUCAGAAACUCUGCUUGUGAAUGACGUGUUGCUAUUUGGUUAGUCUUCUUUUCUACUGGCUGCGUGCGGUGUCUGUUUCGAUUUGUUGUUCAGUUCUGAUUUCUUGUGAAUAAAACUCCAUCGAGUGAUCAGCUUC